UCCUAUGGAGGGAAAGGGGGCGAUGAAGAUCAUGGGGGGGGGGCCUGGAAGGUGGUGGCAGAGUAAAUACCAGCUCCCUCCAACAUUGUUUUUCCGAAAAUAGAAUAUUCUGAGCUGAGCAUUUAGAAGAAAAGCCCGCCCUUAGGAGAAAGGCAGUCUUGGUCUGUUGGACUCUGGUUUGAUUGUAUAAUAACGAUGAUAUAAUGCUAAUGACGAUGAUGACACUGCCUUUUAUUUUUACCCCAGUGCUGAUAAAGCGUAGCUACAGCUGGGGCAGCUUGAAAAUCUGAUUUAUGAGGAGGGAAUACUGUUGCUUUUGGAGUUGUGUUUUAUUUAUCUAUUUUUUUUAAGGAUACGCUUUUUAGAUUUAAAAUUUGACGAAAUGAAGCCUGACUCUUUUUUCCAGUCGAUUAUAGCAAUACUCAUAAAAUGGGGACUGGCUACUACUGUCUUGAUUAAUGAAAAGAUAAAGGCUUUUGCUCAGGUAUAAUUCCAUGUAUUAAGUCACCCCUUUCCCCGUUCUUUGAAUUUCUCAACAGUGUUUAAAAUGAAGAAGUUUAAUUUCCGAAAAGUUUUGGAUGGCUUAACUGCCUCCUCUCCUGGCAGUGGUAGCAGCAGUGGCAGUAACAGUGGUGGCGGGGCUGGAAGUGGUUCCAUACAUCCAGGAGGAGGGACUGCGGGGGUUCUCAGAGAAGAGAUUCAGGAAACCCUGACUUCAGAGUACUUCCAGAUUUGCAAGACAGUCCGGCAUGGUUUCCCUUAUCAGCCCACAGCAUUAGCUUUUGAUCCAGUUCAGAAAAUCUUGGCUAUUGGAACGAGAACAGGUGCUAUACGAAUACUCGGGAGACCUGGUGUUGAUUGUUAUUGCCAAGAUGAAAGUGGUGCAGCUGUCCUGCAGCUACAAUUUUUGAUCAAUGAGGGUGCUUUGGUCAGUGCAAGUUCAGACGAUACACUUCAUUUGUGGAACCUUAGACAAAAAAGGCCAGCUAUUCUUCAUUCUCUUAAAUUUAACCGAGAACGAAUUACUUACUGUCAUCUACCUUUCCAGAGUAAAUGGCUCUAUGUUGGAACAGAAAGAGGAAAUACACAUAUUGUAAAUAUUGAAUCUUUCAUUCUUUCUGGAUAUGUUAUCAUGUGGAACAAGGCAAUUGAACUAUCCACCAAGACUCAUCCAGGUCCAGUUGUACAUUUAAGUGAUAGCCCAAGAGAUGAAGGGAAACUGCUAAUAGGUUAUGAAAAUGGUACUGUAGUAUUCUGGGACUUGAAAUCUAAAAGAGCAGAACUCAGAGUUUAUUAUGAUGAGGCUAUUCAUUCAAUUGACUGGCAUCAUGAGGGCAAACAGUUCAUGUGCAGCCAUUCAGAUGGUAGCUUGACUUUAUGGAACCUGAAAAGCCCAAGUCGCCCUUUCCAGACCACAGUUCCACAUGGAAAAAGUCAAAAAGAGGGAAGAAAAUCUGAAUCUUGUAAACCAAUUCUUAAAGUAGAAUACAAGACCUGCAGAAACAGUGAACCAUUCAUAAUAUUCUCUGGUGGGCUGUCCUAUGACAAAGCUUGCAGAAGACCAAGUUUAACCAUCAUGCAUGGAAAAGCAAUUACAGUACUAGAAAUGGAUCAUCCUAUUGUUGAAUUUCUAACUUUAUGUGAAACACCCUAUCCAAAUGAAUUUCAAGAACCCUAUGCUGUUGUAGUACUUCUGGAGAAAGAUCUCAUUGUCGUUGACCUGACACAAAGCAAUUUUCCGAUCUUUGAAAAUCCAUAUCCUAUGGACAUUCAUGAAUCACCAGUUACAUGCACAGCAUACUUUGCUGACUGCCCUGCGGAUUUGAUUCUAGUACUCUAUUCUAUAGGAGUCAAGCAUAAAAAACAAGGAUACAGUAAUAAGGAGUGGCCAAUCAGUGGAGGAGCAUGGAACAUUGGUGCACAAACAUAUCCUGAAAUUAUUAUCACGGGUCAUGCAGAUGGAUCAAUAAAAUUUUGGGAUGCUUCUGCAAUAACUCUGCAGAUGCUGUAUAAGCUAAAAACUUCAAAAGUGUUUGAAAAACAGAAGAUUGGAGAAGGAAAACAAACAUGUGAGAUUGUAGAUGAAGAUCCAUUUGCCAUUCAGAUGAUUUAUUGGUGUCCAGAAAGCAGAAUAUUCUGUGUAUCAGGAGUCUCUGCGUAUGUCAUAAUUUAUAAAUUCAGCAGACAUGAAGUUACAACAGAAAUAGUUUCAUUAGAGGUACGACUUCAGUAUGAUGUUGAAGAUAUUAUUACCCCUGAACCAGAAACAAGUCCUCCGUUUCCAGAUCUCUCAUCCCAGCUUCCUUCUUCAAGUAGUCUCUCCGGAAGCACUAACACUGUGGGUAGUGAAGGAGUAACAAAGGACAGUAUCCCAUGUCUCAAUGUUAAGACACGACCAGUGCGGAUGCCUCCAGGAUAUCAAGCAGAACUUGUUAUUCAGCUGGUGUGGGUAGAUGGUGAACCUCCCCAACAAAUUACUAGUCUUGCUGUAAGCUCAGCAUAUGGAAUAGUUGCAUUUGGGAACUGCAAUGGGUUGGCUGUGGUGGAUUUUAUACAGAAGACAGUACUAUUAAGCAUGGGGACCUUUGACCUAUAUAAAUCAAGUGACCUAUACCAGCGACAACCACGGUCUCCUCGAAAAAACAAGCAGUUCAUUGCAGACAACUUUUGCAUGCGUGGCCUGUCUAACUUUUAUCCUGAUUUAACGAAACGGAUCCGUACUUCUUACCAGAGUUUAACUGAACUGAAUGACAGUCCAGUUCCCCUGGAACUUGAGCGCUGCAAGUCUCCUACUUCAGAUCAUGUAAAUGGACAUUGCACAAGUCCAACUUCUCAGAGUUGCAGUUCUGGAAAACGUCUUUCCAGUGCUGACGUUUCAAAAGUAAAUCGCUGGGGUCCUGGAAGACCACCAUUUCGAAAGGCACAGUCAGCUGCUUGCAUGGAGAUUUCUUUACCGGUUACAACAGAAGAAAAUCGAGAAAAUUCCUAUAAUCGUUCUAGAAGCUCUAGCAUCUCUAGUAUUGACAAAGAUUCUAAAGAAGCAAUUACGGCACUAUACUUCAUGGACUCCUUUGCACGGAAAAAUGAUUCUACCAUCUCACCUUGUCUGUUUGUUGGAACUAGUCUGGGAAUGGUGUUAAUCAUUUCCCUAAACCUACCAUCAACAGAUGAACAAAGGUUUACAGAGCCAGUAAUGGUAUUGCCAAGUGGUACAUUCCUCUCAUUGAAAGGAGCUGUACUAACAUUCUCCUGUAUGGACCGAACUGGUGGAUUAAUGCAACCUCCAUAUGAAGUUUGGAGGGAUCCAAACAAUAUAGAUGAAAAUGAAAAAUCUUGGAGAAGAAAAGUGGUCAUGAACUCAUCCUCUGCAUCCCAGGAAGUAGGAUAUCAUCAGUAUACAGUAAUCUGCUCAGAAAAACAAGCCAAAGUCUUUUCACUGCCUUCUCAGACUUGCCUUUAUGUUCAUAACAUCACCGAGACAUCUUUUAUUCUACAAGCAGAUGUGGUGGUCAUGUGUAACAGUGCUUGCUUGGCAUGCUUUUGUGCUAAUGGACAUAUCAUGAUAAUGAGCCUACCUAGUCUUCGCCCAAUGUUGGAUGUUAAUUAUUUGCCACUGACAGACAUGAGGAUAGCACGAACAUUUUGUUUUACCAAUGAAGGACAGGCGUUAUACCUCGUCUCUCCUACCGAAAUUCAGCGGUUAACAUACAGCCAAGAAAUGUGUGAUAAUCUACAGGACAUGCUAGGAGAUUUGUUUACUCCCAUAGAGACACCAGAAGCUCAAAAUAGAGGAUUUCUCAAGGGACUGUUUGGUGGAAGUGGACAAACAUUUGACAGAGAGGAGCUCUUUGGGGAAGCUUCAGCAGGGAAAGCAUCCAGCAGCCUUGCAAAACACAUUCCCGGGCCAGGGAGUAUAGAAGGGAUGAAAGGUGCCGCUGGAGGCGUGAUGGGAGAGCUGACCCGAGCACGGAUUGCACUUGAUGAGAGAGGACAAAGGCUAGGAGAGCUGGAAGAGAAAACUGCAGGCAUGAUGACCAGUGCAGAAGCAUUUUCCAAACAUGCACAUGAGUUAAUGCUGAAAUAUAAGGAUAAGAAAUGGUACCAAUUCUAAACUUCUAAAGAAGCCGUGACUGCUUUGAAAAACCAUUAUUCAGGGAAACUAAAUUUAUUCCCAGCAUCACUAUUCAACUGCUAGAAGCCAGUUCCUUCUACAAAAUGUUCCAUUACAGUCAAUCUGAAGUUAUCAUAAAGGAGACGUGUCAGAGACGCAGUACAACCAAAAGGCUGGAGCCCUGGUUAAAAUCCCAAGAUAUGUCUGAAUUUGCCUUUUCCCAUGUGGAAUGGAGCUACCAUCUUGGCAUGUCAUUUGCUAAGGAUUUACAUUUAGGAACUACGGGGAGUCCUUUUAAUUUGAAAAUUCCUGUACAAACAAAAGCAUUAAUGCACUUAAUGAAAAAAAAAUCUUUGCAUGAUAAAUUAACAUCUUAAGAGGAAAAGAAAAAAAGCAUGUUGUGACAGAAGAGAAGAAGAUUUAUGGUAAACUAUUUUUAUAAAUUGGGCCACACCUGAAAAUAUAAAAAAUCUGCAUUAGAAGAUUGAUCAGUGAAUUUCAGAUCUAUUUGCCAUACCCAACUGAAAAGGUAAACAAGAGCCCAAAGUUUUCUUCUCAUCUGUAACUUUCAAUAUUCUAGGACAUUAUUGAAUCUUAUGGCAAGAGUCUGAUAAAUGUUUUUCUCUCCCAAUAAUAUUUUACAUUAUUCAUAGUUCUCAGUCAUAAGCAAGUAUUGCCAGUAUAGUAACUUAUUUCCAACACAGUUAUUUCCAUUUCUAUCACCUUCAGAAUGGGUUGCUAUUUUUAGCACAAACCAUGCAGGAUUGGGUCACCUGAAAGCAUUUUUUAGCCUGGCUUGUACUCUGCAGGGGAGUUGAUGAUAGGUUUGGGGAAACUAGGCUACAGGAACAACCCAGCUUUGAGAACCGAUUUCACAAAAAGUGAAAUGUCACACACCCCAAUUUCAGUUUCUAAAGUGAUAUAUUUUUUAAUUCCAUUUGUAUCCUUGUCUGUAAGUUACACAGUAUAUUACUGUUCAAACCCAGUGGGGUCUACAACCCAAAGGUGCUUUUGCAGCCUGACAGUCACAGACCAAACUGGUCAUUCUCUUUAGUGUGAUUCAGUAAAACCUCAGUUAAUGUUUUUGGAAAGGGAUUCUGAUUUACAUUUCUGAUUAACAAGGGCUUUCAUUAGAAAAUACUUUUUGGUUCAAUACUUAUUAUUGGAAAUCUUUAUAAAAUGUAGUGAUGCUUUUGCUAUCUUGGCCUCAGUCAUCAUUUUGGACAAUAGAGUUUAAUGAUACAACAUCAAUAAUUUUGUCCCUAAUUGAGUCUAAUAACAUAAGCCACAGGAUUAUGUCAAUAGAUGCCAAACACCUAUUCCUUAUUUAAAAACUCGUUUUAAAAUGGAAUAAAUUUUUAUUUAUUUUUAUUUUUAACAUGAUAAAAGGUAUCUAUCAUAACUUAGCAGAGAAGCACUAGAGGCAAAACAAUAUAAAGAUACCUACAACCAUUUAACAUGAUUCUGGAAGUCAAAAGUCAUAGGAAUGCAUAUAUACGUAUUCCAGGACCCAUCCUCUAAUAUGUUGUUUCUUCAAAAAGAAUCUUUUCUUAAAUUAUGGGUGUGGCUUAUUGAAUUUUGAUUAAUCAAGUUCUCAUUGAAUUUACAUUCAUAUUCUUAAGAAUUCACCAUUUUCCUAAAGUCCAGGUUAUUUUAAUGGCCAAAAUAGUACUUGGUUUUUGUAGAUUUUGUUUGAUAUGGCGCUUCCUUGGCAAUGUUCUCAGUAAUUUUGAGAAGGAAAGGUAAUUGAAAAUGUAUGCUAGGACAGCAUUUUUCAGAGUCCUUGAAUUCUCCUGAUUACAAAAAAAAGUUUCUCCAUGAGCCUCCCAGCCCAGACUCCUGUGAACCGCCUUACAGUAAGAACCUGGUUUGGUUCUUAUAGUAACCAAGUAAAAUAUUAAAUAGUAAAAUAUUAACCUUGGGACCAGGAUCUGGAAAACACUGGCAGCCAUAUUGCAAUGCACUAUUUGUACUGAGUUUCAAGGAACCAGUAUUCUGAUUUUUGGACAAAUACUUUAUCAUUUCUAUAUUUUAAAAACAACUAAAGAAUGAAAUAUUAGUUUAUUUUAGAAAUAAUGAGAUGCAGUCCAAAGCAGCAUUAAAUUCAGUGAAUAUCUCUGAAGACUCUAACAAAAUUUGAUUUAACUGGUUCUGCAUCAGGGUUUCUCAACAGUGGCAGAAAAGUCUUUGUUGUGGGGGACUGUCCUGUGUAUCGUAAGAUGUUAGCCACAUCCCUGCAUCUACCUACUAGAUACCAAUAGGAACCCCCUAGUAAUGACAAUCAAAGAAGGCUCCAGCCAUUACCAAAACUGCUUUAUAGCCACAAUUCUAUAUCAUUUAAAGAGACAGAUUAAGUGUGAAUAUGUAAUAUAUGUCUUAUAUAAAACUGUACAUCAUAAGUACACAGUGUCUCAGUAAAAUAACUAUACCCAAAAUUACAUGUGUGGUUCAUAUGCAAUAAAAUACAAUUUUGGAGAAAGCUUAUACGAAUCAGUGAAAAAUAACAACUACAGAACAUUUGAAAGCAUGCAGGGAAACCAUCAAAAAGGACAUAGCAUUUCACAGUAGAAAUGCUUAAAACUCUGGCUUCAAUGAAUAGAUGAAAAGUGUAAAAUUAGCACAUCAAUUGGAAGUAAACAGGUGCUUCUGAAAUGCUUGAAAAGGUUCUUUUAAGUAGUUUAAAUGUGUCUUUCAAAAUUCUUUUUAUGAACCCUUUCUCAAUGUAAGGGUAACUCAUCUCACAAACUCCUGAUUAGUGGAAUCCAAAUUAAUGAGGUUUUACUGUAUCAAACUUAUUUUUAUAAUUCAAAGAGAUAGCAAUAACAAGAAUCUAAUGUGGAUGUGAUUUUUCUCUUUGAACAUUUCUGUUCUGUUGCACUGACCUUAGCAUAGACGCGCGCGCACACACACGCACACACACACACACACACUAUCACCACGACCACCACCAUUAUCAUCUUAUCAUCAUCAUCAUAUUUGCAAAAUGAGUACUAUUGAUCCAUGUAAUAUUUUGCAUCUUCUCAUCUUUACUCUCCUCGAUCUUGGAACAUAAGAAAAAUACUCCUAGUAACUUGGACAAAAAUAGAGAAAAUGACUCUGAGCCUUAGUUAUCAUCAAAAUUACAUUUUAUCUGCUAAGUUGGCAUCAGAAGAUAACACUUGCAAACUAAAGUCUCAACAAUUUGACCUUAUCUCCCUAUGACUCUCAAAAGAUAACCCCUUUCUACUGUUCCAGCAGAAAAUGGGCCUUACCGUUCUAUUUAUCGAUCAGAAGCUAUUUGUUUCCCUGGGACUAACAAGCGCAGUAAUCCUUAUCAUGAAAUCAUUCAUUAAUCUUGGAGUUUGGAGGAAGGGAUGAUUGAUUUAUCAUUUAUUGUAAUCCUCUACAAAAGCAGUACUACUGACUUUGCUUCCUAUGCUUCAUUGAGCUCCAGACCUAGUGCCCCAAUCAUCAUCAGGGUCAUUUUCUUACUGCAACUUUGGAAGGAUGAUGACACACUUGAAUGAGAUAUUUUCUAAUAAUUCAGUCAUAAAGACAAUUUUUCAAAUCUUUUGGAAGCGAUUCUCAAUAAAUCAAGAUCCAGGUCUCUAUAUCUCAAAAUUUCUAAAGGCUCUUAAAGGAAAAAGUUUACUGUUGGAAGGCCUUUUUAGUGACCCAGGUAUCCAGUUUUAUCCAUUAUCUAAUUAAGGGAUCAUCAUGACUUUGAGAGAAAAAAGAGUAAGAUUAGGCCUAAUAAUGGUUCAAGAUUUAGAUAGAUCCUGUAAGAUACUUGGCUAUAAAAUGUUCAGACAGAAGGGAAAAAUGAAGCUGGUCUAGAAAAGUAAGCUAAAAAUCCUCUCCCUGGCUUAGAUCACUGGGGCAAUGUGGGAGUGUAUCCAUGUGAUUACAGCCUGGCCCCAAGGGAAAGAACAACACUAUACCCUGACCACAUUGGCUCAGAGAGGGCAAUGCCAAAGAGUCAGGACAUUUAUAUCAGGUCUUGCUCUUUGUGUCAGGAGAAAUGUGGUAGCUUUCACAGCUUCUUUACCUCUGUCCUCUGUAACCAGUUCCAUUUCUAGAUGGGCACUAUUUCACGUGUGCACUGGCCCAGGAGCCAGGAAUACUUGCUGAGUACCUGGGCUGAGCAGUAUCUUUAACAUGUGACAUCCCAGGAAGCAUGGUUGUCAGCAUAAGUUUAGUGAGUAUAUUUUCAGACAGCAUAACCCUGCAAGGAUAAAAUACAAAAUAGGUAAGGUCUGACUUGGGAACGGAAGAGGAAGUGCCAGUUUGGUGCAAUGGGGUUGUGGUGAGGAGGGACAUGGGAGCCAGAGUAAAGUGGAAGAGGCUUCAGUGAGGAGUCAGAAGCACAGAUGGAGCCUUUAUUUAUACAUUUAUCUAAAGGAGUGAGUCUCAACCUUGGCUGUAUAUAAGCAUCACCUCAGGAAAAUUUUAAAUUCCCAAUUAUAUCAAAAUUCCCUCUGAGUGGGAACCAGACAUUGGUAUUUUUAAAAGCCCCAAGGUGGUUCUAAUAUCUAUCCAAAGUUUAUAACCACUGCUUUAUGGCGAACUAAGGAAAACAUGUUUGUCUACCUUGGCUGGUAUCCCCGCCACACUUCUGAGGGGUAAGGGAAGGCAAGAUGUGACUGAUAAUGUUGGCUGGAUUGGUAUUUAUUCUGUGUCUCUUACAAGAGAAAAGUAUGUGCGAAUUUCUGAUGAGGAGGUACCCACUUAAGUCUUAAUAACUGUCUUUGUGAUAUUCUCCUGUGUGACUUGCCCAAUAAUUAUUUCAAUUCAAACUUCUAGGUUUUUUAUUAUCUUAUAUAUAUGACAUCACAGGAUGCCAGAAAUAUCACAGUAAGUUCAACGGGAUAUAAAGUUAAGUGGAAAACUAAUUCUCAAUAUUUGGACAGUAGAAAUUCUCAAAACAAUUAUUUACUAAAUCAGGUCCAAAUUUAUUACUCAUUCUUCUUUUGCAGGAGACAUGGAUAGCAGGUAUCUGUUCUGCUAUAGGUUUUUUUUUGGGGGGGGAUUUGAUCUUAGCAUAAAGGGAGAACAACUCUUCCAUUUUGAUUAUUGUCUCAAUCAAAAGCUCCCAGGGCCACUUGGAUUUAUUUUCUUAGUUACUGGACAUGUGUUUAAAGGGAAAAGAAUGUCUAUAACUUAUUAAUACUAUCUGAGUUCCAGUGUCCUGAAAGAGUGCUUAUACUUUCAAAAAAGGAAAGUCUGGCCUGUCAAAGACAGUAAUACAUAAAGAAAAAAAUUCAGAGAUAUCUCCUGUCAUUCUGCUUCCCCUCUGGUAUUGGCCCACCCUUCUCAACUGCAAAGCCAGAAAAUAAUCUAGGUGGUGGUUUUGGACAAUUGUACACAGGAUCAAAAUCUCUAAUAACCUAUAAUUUUUAGUACUUAAUUAUGUGAUGUUUUAUUCUAGGACAUAAGAAACAGAUGACAUCAUUGAUGUAUCUUUCUUUCAUCUUCAGAAUUUUUGCAUCUUUUCAGAAAAUGACAAAUUACUAUUUUUCUGUUGCACUCAGCAAUUGUGACUAUACUUAACAAAAUUCUUGUAGUCUGUAGAGAUAUCAAUAAAAUUGUAUAUGUUUGUACAUA